GACGCAACGUACAAUGUAUAAGCAGAGUCUGGCGCUGCUCGUAUACUCGCCCACGUCAUUCGGGUCGGGCUUCAUGGGACAUUGUUUCGUAUAAAGCGAGCACAGAACCGUGGUGAGAAGGGCAUCCCACCUCCUCGAGCAUCAUUCCACAGUCAACAUGAACACCACUUCCACCGUCUAUCUCGUCUCUGGUGCGAAUCGUGGACUAGGCCUUGCAUUUGUGGCCCUGCUAGCAGAGCGCCCGGACACCAUCGUCUUCGCAGGUGUUCGCAACCCCAAGUCGGCGUCGGACCUGCAGGCAAUCGCCGCGAAACACCCCGACAACGUCUUCAUCGUCGAACUAAAGGCGUGCGACCAAGAGGGGAACACCCGCGCCAUCGAGGAGAUCCGCCAGAAAACGGGCCGCCUGGACGUCGUCAUCGCGAACGCUGCCAUCGCCAACAGCAUGAACCUCCUUGUGGACGAGAAGCCAGAGGCUAUGCGCGAGCACUUCGACGUCAACGUCGUCGGCACCCUCGUCCUCUUUCAAGCCGCGUACUCGCUCAUGCAGGCCUCCCCGACCCGGAAAUUCAUCGUCAUGGGCGCGAAGGGCGGCAGCAUCACCAAGGGGCCCGAGUACAGGUUCCUGAUCAACGCGUACUGCUGCUCGAAGGCGGCGGUGCACUACAUGACGAAGAAGCUGCAUCUCGAGCACGAGGACUUUGUGAUAUUCCCCAUAUGCCCCGGCGCCGUGGUCACCGAUAUGCUCCGCAACGCUCAGGAGCACGAUCCGCAGUUCGGGCACGCGAAGCCAAUAACGGCGGAAGAGGCUGCGGAAAGGGUCCUGAAAAUUGUCGACAAUGCGACGAGGGAGAAUGAGGGAGGCAAGUUCCUAGACGUAUCCGGAGACGUUAAUGCGUGGUGAAAGGAAAUAUUGCAUUUUCGUGUGUUGUGUUUGUAGAAUCUAGAUGCGAUGUACUCAUAAUUUCAGUAUGCAUGCG